AUGUGGCGCCGAUCGAGUUUGCUGGUGCGCGGCAGUAGCAGAAUUUUAGAAAAGACUUCGACGCAUAUAUCCGCGCUUUCAACAGCCACUUCGCCAUCCGUGAACGCUGUGGACUCUUCAUCUGCUGUGUGGUCGCAUGACAAAAAGCGUACGGGUCUUCUGGCUGUCAAAAUUGGCAUGAUGCCCGUCUGGGACCACUUUGGCUACCGACACAACUGCACAGUAUUGCAGGUGGAAGAAUGCCAGGUGACGCAAGUCAAAACGGCAGAUAUUCAUGGAUUUAAUGCACUGCAACUUGGUGUUGGAUUGCGAAAACCAAAAAAUCUCUCCAAGCCAGUACUGGGUCACCUGGCUAAUGCAGGAGUACCAGCAAAGCGUCAGUUGCAAGAGUUCCGCGUAUCGGGGGACGCGCUACUUCCACUGGGUACGACCCUUUCUGCACUUCAUUUUAGUGCUGGGCAGUACGUCGAUGUGUGCGGUAUCAGCAAAGGCAAAGGCUUUCAGGGUGUUAUGAAGCUGCACAACUUUGCGGGUCAACCGGCCUCGCAUGGUAAUUCGAAAACGCAACGUCAUAUGGGCUCAACUGGACAAUGCCAGGAUCCCGGUAAGGUAUUUAAGGGCAAAAAGAUGCCUGGACGCAUGGGUGGUAAGCGUGUCACGCGUGAUAACCUUUGGAUCGCAAAAAUCGACAUGCGCGGAAGAAAAAGAUGA